CAAGUUAACUUGUGUCAAUUCAGUUGCUGGACGGCAAUUCGUCACGCUGGUUAUUAGAACGCUUGUCAAAUUCAAUAAAUUUUUGUAUAAAAUGGGAAAUAUUAUUCGACUGCUUUGGCGCAUGUUUUUAAUGUCCACAAUUUGCAUUGGUGCUGCAGUUAAGUCGAACCAAGCGACAGAGAGCCCAGCGCGACCCAUCGCCAACGGUUCUCACUCCGUCAAAGAGGCUGCAGAUGUGGUGCGGGUGGUAUCUGGUACGCAAGUAAAGCGUUUCGAGCGAAUGACUGUUCCUUUGGGUGGCCAGGUCAUCCAACAUCCAAUUUAUUUCGGUUACAAUUUUGCCAGCGUUGUGCCGAAUUGGCAAGCGUCCGCAAAAAUUGUAGGAGAUGGCGAGUCCGCCGCUAACGGAGUGAUUACAUUCCAACAGAUACCCUACAAUAAUGAUAUCAGGGUGACAAUCAACGUAACUGGAUUGCCACCAGGCAAGCAUGCUGUACACAUACACGUUUACGGAGACAUCAGCGAUGGCUGCAAGUCCACUGGUGGGCAAUUUCCCAACAACUUUAUCGGUAAUGUUGACACAAAAGACGAUGGCAGUAUAUCAGCUAGUUUUCGCAGUGUAUAUUUAAAUUUAUUCGGCAUUAAUGGAAUAGUUGGACGCUCGAUAGUUAUUCAUGAGAAGCCCAUCGACCUAAAUACGGCACUCAAUGCCGAAGUGUUUUCCAGUUCACUCCAAGCAAUGCCAGAUGCCUUGGCUUAUCAGAAUGAGGAAAACUCUGUGGGUCCGGCCAUUGCUUGCGGCAUUAUCAGUAUUACCAGUACAAUGGCACCGACGACGACACCUUCUAUGGCUCCGCAGAUGUAAGGAAAAUGUCCACAUAUUACAACCAUAAGCAAGAACGAGAGAAUACAAGAUUGCGCCAAUCGAGCUGAGAACAACUGGGUGUGACGUCACAUUAUUAG